AUGGCGGACGGAAUCAGCAGUUUUGUUGACAUAGCUAAAAAGCUUUUGCCUUUUAUAGCAGAAUGGAAGGAUAAGGCAAUCAAUUUCAAGAAAGACUUUGAACGGCUCCAAACUACUCUCGCAAGUGUGGUUCCUCAGUUUGAAGAAGGGAGGAGAUUGGAUUUAGAGUUAGACGAUCGUAACCGGAAUGAGCUUGAUAAAUUGAUUGAGAAGUUGCGGAAAGGACAAGAGCUCGUCAAGAAGUGCUGCAAUGUCCGGUGGUGGAACUUAUACAAGAAGAUCCUUUACUCCGGUAAGAUCACCGAUUUGGAUAAAGCCAUUUUUAGGUUCUGCCAGCUAGAGUUGCAGGCCGAAAUGUUUCGUGACCAAAAACAGCUUCGGGUCGAGAACAAACAGCUUCUGCUCAACAACAAACAAUUGGAAAGUCAAGUGGAAGCACUUUCGCAGAUGAUGCGUCACUCCCAACAGAUGAUGUGCGAUUUCCAACAAUCGUUAAGUAAGGUGGAAGGACUGAUUCGGCAUCAGGGAGGGAGUAUGGGUGAAGGUUCGAGCUCCGUCGGUAACGUGGGUGUGGGUUUGUUUCCUGCGAAAAAGCUUUUGGAUGUGAUAUUAGAAAUGAAGGAUAAAGCCUUCAAUUUCAGGGAAGACCUUGAACGCCUCCAAAAUACUCUCCAACGGGUGGUUCCUCUGUUUGAAGAAGGGAGGUUAUUGGAUUUAGAGUCAAACGAUCGUAAGACAAAGGGGCUCGAGAGAUUCAUUGGGAAAUUGAGGAAGGGAGAAGAGAUGGUCCAGAAAUGUUGCAAAGUCUCGUCUUUUAACAUCUUCCCGAAGAUCCGUUACUCCAGUAAGAUCCACAAUUUGAAUGAAACUAUUCUUAAUUUCUACUGGCAAGAGUUGCACGUCGAUCCCUGGUACGAAAGAGAGAAGCAAGUGCUCGAUAUCCAAAUCCAACAAUUGCUUCGUAAGUUGAAAGAAAUGACUCUGCAGCAGGAACGGACUGUGGGCCGCAUUAACAUUGCAGUUCCUGAGCUCCCAGAUCGUGUUGUUGGAUUCGAUUUAAGUCUCAGAGAAUUUAAGUUUGAAUUGUUAAAAGAAAAUGUGACUGUGCUUGGACUGUGUGCUCCUGUGGGAUGUGGGAAGUCCACGUUAGCUGCCAUGCUUUGUGGAGACGAACAAAUCAGAGGCAUAUUCAGGGACAAAAUAUUCUUUGUCACCGUUAAAAAGACUGCUACCACCUUGGAGAUCCUAAAGCGACUUAUUGAAGAGAUUGGUGGUGAGGUGCCUCACUCCAAUUUGAGUGAAGAAGAUGCAACUAAGCAAUUUCGACAGCUUCUGGAGCAGAGUUCAGAGCCAGUAAUGCUGGUCUUGGAUGGUGUUUGGGACGAAACAAUUAUUAAGAAGUUUUUCUCUGAAACGAAAGGAUAUAAGAUACUGGUUACAUCAAGAAAAGUUUUCAAAACAUAUGAUUCCAAACAUCAUUCUAAGCAUAUUUUGAAAACACUCAGUCACCAAGACUCCAUGACUCUGUUUCGUCAAAUAGCACUGCCUCAAGAUGGGAAUGAGGACUUUGAGCCAGAUGAGGAUCUUCUAAACGAGAUAGUAAAAUGCUGCGAUGGUUUCCCAUUCGCUAUUAUGGUGAUUGCCACAUCGCUGAACCAGCAGCCCGCAGAGAAAUGGGAAAACAUGGCUAGGAAACUGUUGGAAGGUUCCUCCAUUCUUGAUUUUGAUGAGAAAUUGCGGAAUUGUCUUGCAAGCAGCUUGGAUUCCUUGGAUGAUACAGUUCGAGAGUGUUUUAUGGACUUGGGUUCCUUUCCUGAAGACAGUAGGAUCCCUUUCUCUGCUCUGUUCGACAUUUGGUCUGAGCUCUAUGACCUAGAAGAUGAAAAUGCUGCCUUUGUCAAUCUUCUCGAACUUGCCUCUCGAAAUCUUAUUAGUUUGGUUGGAAGCAGGAAUUCUGCAAAGGAGAUUGAUGAGCUAUUUAUUACCCAACAUGAUCUAUUAAGAGACCUGGCUAUCUACCAGAGCCGGCAGGAGAGAAAAAGAAUUGUCAUGGACACAAGACAAGAAGGCAUUCCCGAGAACUGGAGAGAACAAGAGAACCACUAUCUCAAUGCCCGUCUUGUUUCUCUCUGCACAGGUGAAAUGUGUCCAGAAAGCUGGUAUGACUUGCAACUUCCCGGAGCUGAGGUGCUGAUUCUGAAUUUCUCUGGAAGUAACUAUGCCAUACCCCCAUUUGUGCAAAAGAUGAGGAAGCUAAAGGUUCUUGUCAUUGUAAACUCUGGACUGACCCAUGCCGAGCUAGGCAAUUUGAAAACUCUUACUGAUUUGGCUAAUCUAAAGAGGAUCAGGUUGGCCAAAGUCUCGAUUCCUCCCCUUCAUGAACUCACAAUGCCAUUGAUGAAUUUGCAGAAGAUAUCCUUAAAUAUGUGUUCUUUUGGCCAAUCUUUGAUGAAAUGCACCAUCGAUGUCGCCUACUUGUUACCUAAUCUUGUUGAGAUCGACAUCAGUUACAGCAAUGAUCUUGUGGAAUUGCCUCCGUGGAUCUGUGAUAUUAUCAAUUUACAGAAACUCAGCAUUACUUACUGUCCCAAGUUAUCUGCACUACCUGAGAGAAUUGGAUUCAUACCAGAUUUAGAGUUUUUAAGGCUGCAUGCAUGUCAUGGAUUGCCUGAGUUACCAGACUCGAUAAAAGGACUCAGGAAGCUGAGGUCCUUUGAUAUAUCUGAUUGUCAAGACUUAAAAAUGCUGCCUGACGGGUUGGGUGAGUUACAUUGUUUGGAAAAGCUUGACAUGAGAGGUUGCAUAGACUUGAAGACAUUGCCAUCUUCAGCCAUGAAGCUUGUUCAUUUAAAGGAAGUGCUCUGUGAUGAAGACAAAGUUAGUCUUUGGGAACCUCUAUCACCUAGUCUAAAAAUAAUUGUUUUGCGUGAAGAGCACAAUUUGGACUGGUUGGGGGUUGAUCUAUGACCAAU